GGCCCGGGGGCCCGCGGUGGCGACGGUGGUGGCGGCGGCUCCUCCUCCUCCUCCCCUUCCUCCCGCCUCUCGUCGCCCCGCGGCUUUGUGGCGCUGCGCCGGGGGAGGAUGAACGGAGGAUAAAUGGUGCCCAAAGCGGACAGCGGCACCUUCCUCCUGCUCUUCCUGCUGGUGCUGAGCAUCACCGAGCCGCUGCGGCCAGAGCUCCGCUGCACCCCAGGGCAGUUUGCGUGUCGGAGUGGUACCAUCCAGUGCAUCCCUUCGAAUUGGCAGUGUGAUGGAUGGCCCACCUGUGAGGACGAGAGUGAUGAAGUUGACUGCCCAGGCUUGACAGGGGACCAGCGAACUUACCAUGGGAAGGAAAAUGUGGACUCCAGGCAUAAUCGAGGGAGGGGAGGAGAGACGACCCGCUUUCACACUGUCAAUGUGGCACAGCCUGUCCGAUUUAGCAGUUUCCUAGGAAAGUGCCCAACAGGGUGGCACCACUACGAGGGCACAGCUAGCUGUUACAGAGUGUAUUUAAACGGGGAGAACUACUGGGACGCCGUGCAGACAUGUCAGCGGGUGAAUGGAUCCCUUGCCACCUUCACUGCAGACCAGGAGCUAAGAUUUAUCCUGGCACAGGAGUGGGACUUGGAAGAAAAGACAUUUGUAAGGAAGGACCAACGUAGGUUCUGGGUUGGUUAUCAGUAUGUGAUCACAAAUCGAAAUCACUCCCUAGAAGGCCACUGGGAAGUAGCUUAUAAAGGCUCUUCAGAAGUAUUUUUACCCCCUGACCCUAUCUUUGGUACGGCUAUGUCUGAAAAUGAAAACGUUCUUUGUGCCCAGCUUCAGUGUUUCCAUUUUCCUACCCUUCGGCACCACGGUUUACACAGCUGGUAUGCUGAAAACUGCUACGAGAAGUCGUCAUUCCUCUGCAAAAGGAGCCAGACUUGUGUCGAUAUCAAAGACAACAUUGUUGAUGAAGGCUACUAUUUCACUCCAAAAGGGGAUGAUCCCUGUCUGAGCUGCACGUGUCAUAACGGUGAACCUGAGAUGUGUGUGGCUGCUCUGUGCGAACGGCCACAGGGAUGUCAGCAGUACCGCAAAGACCCGAAGGAGUGCUGCAAAUUUACUUGUUUAGACCCAGAUGGGAACAGCUUGUUUGACUCAAUGGCUGGUGGAAUGCGUCUGAUAGUUAGCUGCAUUUCAUCCUUCCUCAUCCUCUCUUUGCUGCUCUUCAUGGUUCACCGGCUACGCCAGAGGCGGAGAGAGCGCAUAGAGUCUUUGAUCGGAGCAAAUUUGCACCACUUCAACUUGGGCCGCAGGAUGCCUGGUUUUGAUUAUGGUCCUGAUGGUUUUGGAACUGGCCUUACUCCACUGCAUCUUUCAGAUGAUGGGGAAGGGGGAGCAUUUCAUUUCCAUGAUCCGCCUCCACCCUAUACUGCUUACAAGUAUCCAGACAUUCAACAUCCAGAUGACCCACCUCCUCCUUAUGAGGCUUCUGUCAAUCCAGACAGCAUCCUUUGUUCCACUCCAGAUGGAGUUCUUUCUCAGACUGUGCAGAGCAGUCCUCCAUCACUAGGAAACUGUGAUGUAUCCCCACAGCUUACAGAGGGAUCGCUUCCUCCCUCAGUUGGUCCUUCUCCAGUGGAGCUGGAAGACUCUGCUGACAGCAGCACCUUUCUUGUCCCUCCCGACACACCGCUAAAUGAAAACACACCGGCAGAAACUCUUACGGGCAGCCGUCACAGCCACUGUUCUCUCAAUACCAUUGUAUAAAGGAAUAAAAAGCCGACUGCCGGUCAGAAAUAGUUUUAGCAACUGUUUGCACAGACAAACACUAAUCCAUGGUUUGAACUUCAGAAGGAAUCUCCACUUUGUUUUGAACACUGCUUUUAUGUUCUAGAUUAGGAUCGUGCCUCUUGUUUUUGGCUGUCGUUACUCGUUCACUAAUCAGUUUGUCCUGUAAAUAUGGACUGUAUAACUGCUCUUUUUUUUUUUUUUUCCAUUGGCUAUGGAAAAGAAUGCAGAGAAUUCCUUUGACUUCUAAGGAGAGGAAAAGUAUGGGUAGUGUUUUUUUUUGUUGUUGUUUGUUUGUUUUUUAACUGAGAGGAAACAAAAUCUACAUCAGAAAAAGCUGCUUGGAUUUGGCUGGAUACCACUGGACCCAGGGAACAGACGAUGGAAGAGGGGGGUGGGGGCAGUCAUUGUUCAAUCAGUUGCUUUCUCGUGCUUCAGUGCUACACUUGGAAAAGACAGAGAAGACUGAACUGCAGGGGAAGGGGCUAGGUGUCUGUUACACAGAGCAGGAACACUGAGGAGCUAAAACAUGUUACCACAUAAGAGUUACACAGUACAAAAUGUGUGUUUUGAUCUGCCUUGCUGUUACAAAACACCCUAGGGACUGGAGGAUAAAUGAUCUACACAAUGUGCGACUUUGUUUAUGGAAGUGGGUACUAAGAAAACUAGGAUUUGCAAUUACAAUUCUGUUGUUGGUGGCUGCAAAAUGUAAUGCUGUAAGGUAAACUUCUGUGCUAUAAAAAAAUGGGUCUGUGCAGGGCUGGGCUGGCAUCCCUUCAGUAGAAUCCUCGUACAUGUCAGGUAGUGCUUAAGGGAAGAGACGGGGAGCGGUUAACUUUGACACAGUCUAACUUCACUAUAUGAAGCCCCUGUUUGUUGUAAUCCCAUAAGGAAGACUGAAAUGUUUUUCUUUGUAGUUUAACUCCUUUACAAUGAACAGUUGCACAAAACUGGCCUGGAUAAGAGACCAUUGUUCUUGCUUUUCUUAUUGCAUGCUAUAUUUAGCAUGUGUGUUCCCUCCUUUCCAUUUCACUUCUUUACAGUUUCUACAAAUAACAUUUAAAAACACUGAUCAACACACUGUACAUAAUGUUUAAUUGGACACUUGUUUCUUAUCCUAAUCCUAUAAAUGCCAACCCUGUUCUAGGAAUUCUCCCCACCCACACCCCAAACCAUUUAUCCAGGUUCCACAAGGGGUUAUAAUGAGGUUAGCGUACUUAAAUCAGUAAAGCAGUCUGCUUCACUCUGAUAUGUGAUCUUCAAUUUUCCCCUCAGAUUGAAUUCUUUAAGCUAAUUUAAACAUUGCAAAAAGAGAUUAAUUCACUCCCUCACUAAUCCCAAAGUCAAGCACUGUUGGCUUUGAUAAUGAGUGCAAAACAAUCUUUACAGGUGGUUUUAAGUUUAAGUGGGAUUGUAGUGUACAAAUAAUUUGCCCCUACCCUCCAUCCUCCUCCUGCCUCUGCUUCUCCUUGACUUACUGUAGCAGCCAGCAGAUGAGAUAAAUUAUAAGGAAUAUGUAAAGAAUGCCCCUUGUGAGUGUUCUCCUAUUACCUUAUGAAGGGUACAAGCCUAGAGGGACAGGAAGAAAACACUGCAUGGGGGUGUAUAUGUGAAUUAUUUUUCUAGUAAUGAUGAGAAAUCAUACUUGUAUGACAAAUCCUAACCCACUGUUGUGGUUUCCCAGUGCAGCUGACUUUUCCCUAUUGAAUAUGCUGCUACUUUCUAUUCUGUGUCUUGCCUAUAGGCUUAUACUGUACUUGAGGAUUGGUCUUGACAAUUCAACUCCUUUUGCACAGAAAACUGUGAGUUUCAUUAUUGAGAUCAUAUCUGGAGUCUUGACAUUCAGACAUUUGCUAACAAUCUUGAAUCCGUUGGAGAGUGAAUCACAGUUCUCGUGUGCGCUGCUGCCGCGCGAGUAGGAGGAAGCACUGUUAGGAAGCCUCUCCGCCUGGAGUCGUACCACCACGGCGCGUCCUGUUCUCUGGUGACUGGCUCUAACGUGAGCAGCACGAAAUGAGAGGAGCAAUUCUCCACCCUGGGGGAUCUGUUGCCAUCUCCUCCUCUGAGUUCAAGUCCUGGUCUAACGAAGUGGAUGGAUAGCAGUAGUGAGAACCAUGCAUACAAAUUGAGCAUUUCUGAAGUAUGAAAAUAAAGCGGGUUUUGUGCAUUUUUGAGCACAUUCAUACGUUUUAUACAUUGUAUGUACUGAUUUUUCUUUAGUUUUGUAGGUACGAAUGCGUGUGUGUGCGUGUGUGUGUCUCUGGGUGGCGAUAUAUAUAUAAAAAUAUAUAUACUGUAGACGGUACCCUUUGUGCUGCGUCCAGCUAGGUGAAGCUAAGCACUGGGAUAUAAACUAGGCUCUUAGGGUUAAUACUUCUCUGAAGCUGGCUACACUCUGUUGUAGGACAGGAUGUGAUAGUGUACACUUAAGUAGGAUGCGAAGUCUAUGCUACUACAGUCUGUUCCUGAAAAUAUUUUGUUAGCAGUGCAAAUUAGAAAACUUCUAAUUCCUUUUGAAGCCAGAUGGAACGUUCAUUCUCUGUAGUAUCCUAGCGCAAUAACAAAAGGCCUUUUGGCUUGGUUUAGUCUCUGAAGCUGUGUUUUGUGGUUGAGGUGAACAGAUACCUUACCUCACACAUCUCAUAACACUGCAGGAAUCUGUUCAAUAUAUAUUUUUAUUUUACUUUUGGUUCUGUGGUGAAUUUAUUGAAAACUUCAUGAUAGCUCCCGGCUAUAGUUGUUCCAAAUGUGGGCUUCUUUGUAGAGGCCUCAGUGUAAUAUUUUUCCUAUAGCUUCUGAGCCUUUCCCACUUGUUGUAUGUUGGCACAGAGGCUGCAACUUCCUCUCUUUUUCCCUAUCCUUCAUCUUAACUGUAAACGAAGAGAGAUCUUGCCUUGAAUGGAGCAGCUCACUAAGUAUAGCUCUCGUUUACCUCUCAGUGAGCUUCUAAUUUGGCAAUAAAAUUGUCAUUUCUUUCCCAUUUUAAUGUAGCUUUUUCACAUUGAGUUUUCUCUCUUGGAGUAAGAGCCUCUGUAGCAGAGAACGUCACAACUGCUAAGACUUCUGGGCCAACUGGGGAAGGGUUAGUUUUCUUGACAGCAGUUGACUCCUCAGCAAAACUUCCUUGCCCUUGGCAAGGUGACUGGUACAUAGCGUUGUUCCGAGCGCCAAUUAAAGAGUUUGAAGCUUGAUGCUUGCCUGAGGAAGACCUUAUUGUUUUGAUUGCCAUUAGACUGAUGAGAUCUUUUUGAGUUAUUUUGUGCAUUGAUUUUUUUUUUUUUUUAAUUUCCCCCCCAUCACUGUUCACUUCUCUGGAUGUUUUUCUUAUCUACUGGUGCAUCCCCGAUCUUCCUCCAGAUACAGCAGGGGAGGUUCCAUUACCUUAUCGUUCCUUGCAGCACAAAUGAGCAAAGAGGGCAUUUCUCUUUGAAUGUUCCUGACCACAAUCUAUCUUGUCAGGUGUCAGUGCUCUGUCCUGUGCAGGGCUCACGCAUCCCAUUGUGGCCUCUAAAAAACCGUUCCUCAGUUUCCCCUUCCUUACUACGUACUGUGGUGCCAUAUUGAGGUCUCUGCUGUUCCUUCAUGGGCAGUCAUAGAUAUUCACUUGUAUCGAUGUUAUCAGUGAUACACGUACGCGGUCUCACAGCAGCCUCUCUUUUUUUACUAGGUGAGUUGUAGAAUAUCGUAACGUUAGAAAGACGGUGGGGUUUAGUUCUGUGCUAGAAGAUCAAAAUUGUCAUUCAGAUGUACAAAAAAUUGUCUGCGUAAUGUUUGGUUGUGUCUAGUCCUGAGUCUCAGAUGAUUCCUUUAUCCAUUUGUGACAGGGCGCUGGUCGAGAAGAAAAAAGAAGCAGGUGACUUUUUCCUGAAAGCUUAAUCUUACAGUCUGCGCUCAGGCAGCACUCCUGGCGGUCGCUGGGCUCUGCCUGAGCCGGUGGCACAGGGCUUGUCCGAUUCAUGUGUCUCUGAAGUUUCACCUGGGAAGAAAUUGUGACCAGUAACUUACUGUUCUUUUCCCACCUAAUGUUAAUUGAAUUUGAAGCUGUUUUAAAAACUGUUUUUAUAUUUCAGAAGUCAUUUUUUUUCAGUGAUAGAGCCCUGAAGUUUUGCUGUUUUCUCAUAUGAUUCAUAACAUCUCUAAGUUCCUGAAAUGUAUUUUUUCCUCUCUACUUAGCUAAAGAACAUGAAAUAUACAGAAAUUUAUUUUAAAUAUCCCUCGCAAGUUGGGAACUGGACCCUAAAAUUAGAACACAUCAGUGUAGAGGAGGCAAAUCAAUCAAAGUUCAUACAUUUUGCUUUCACCGUUACCCAGUUCCAAACGAAAUCUGUGUUUCUUUGGAAUAGAUGCAUUCAGCGGUGAGGAUCUGCUUCCCCUAACAAUGUUCUGCAUUAGCUGCCUGCUACGGUACGACAUAGCUUUAAUUUUCCAGUAUUGUGCACCUUGAACGUUGAGUGGGUUGGAGCUGAUGCCAGCAGAGAUGCUGCACUUGCAGCCUGCGUGCAUGGCCAUGCUGCACUGUAAUCUGAAUGUCAGACUUGUGUAUGCCUGGGAGGCUGAGAGAGAGAAUGAGACACUGCUUUUUACCUUCUCUUGGAAAAUAAUUUUAGCCAACGCUGCAUUUGCAGGCUUCUCCUGUGUAGUUGGUUUGUGACUGGAUUUAACUGUGGCAGUGUAUAAAAGAUUUUGAUAUUCUGUGAAAUACCAUGUAGAAUUUAAAUUUGAUACUAUAAUAAUUCAGUCCCUGUGACACUGUUUUUUGUUUUAACUUCUUUCUUUGGGGUUGGCACUAAUCUUUCUUUUUCUCAAGAUGCUGUGAGAAACAUUUCAUCCAAAUGCCAAAUAAAUUGUGUUCUGUAAGACGAA